AUGGUAAAUAUUAAUAUACUAUCUGAUGUCUCUGUUACUCUUUCUGAUGAUUACUAUGGGAGCACUGUUGGUUUAUUGGGUCAAUACAAUGGUAAACCAGAGGAUGAUCUACUGUCAAGAAAUGAAAACACAACUUUACCCUCUAAUGCAAGCACUGAAGAGAUUCAUUACGAAUUUGGAUUGACAUGGAUUCUUGAAAACCCUCUUGAAAGCCUCUUCACUUAUGAUGACACUGGUAGUUGGAAUACAUUUUAUAAGCCUGACUACAAACCAAUAUUCCAGCCUCAAUUUAAUGACUCAGCACUUGAAGAAAAAGCACAGGAGAUAUGUGGUGAUGACAAGCUUUGUUUAUUUGAUAUUGCUGCUACUGGUGAUGUGAAUAUUGGGCAAUCAACAAGAGAAACUGGUCAGGAGUUAACAACUAUUACCGAACUCCUAAAACCUACAUGUUUUUGUUCGGAAGGAUAUGAAGGAGUUAUGUGUAACGAUACUAUUCUACAAGAUUGUGAAGAGGAUUUCUGUCUUAAUGGUGCUACCUGUCAAAUAGUAGCUGGAGCUUAUUUGUGCAUAUGUUCUGAUGGUUUCACUGGACCCAACUGUGGUACAAAAAUUGUGGUUAGCAGUCCUAUUCCAACCACUUCAACAACUCCACCAGGGAGUAAUAAAGCAUCAUCAGUUAAUACCUGGAUGAUUAUCAGUAUAGCACUAGUUGUUGUCCUUCUCAUUGUAAUUGUGGCUGUUAUAUCUGCAUCAGUAUGUCUGUGCUUCGUUAAAAGAUGUAAAGUUAAGAGUUACACCAGAAAUGAACAUGAUGCUCAAAUAAUUGAGAAGUUUGAAAUGAAAUUAAAGAACUAAAUAUUUACAAACGCAUCCUUAUUUUGUUACUGUACUUGCUAUUAGUGUUGUUUUUUGGCUCGAGGCCAGUCUCUGGCCUAUGUUGUUUUAGUAUAGUAAAUUAAUUUUAGUCAUA